AUGGAACCACUUCUUCCCCGAAAAAUGUUUGUCCUUCUUCCCCCGAUCUAUCCAGGCAUUCCAGGCCUUGCCUUGGGCGGCCUGGACGCUGCCAGCUCCGCAGCGGCCUCGCAGAUCGCGGCCGCGCAGCUCGCUGCCGCGGCACAGCAGCAGCAAUUGGCAAUCCAACUGUACUAUCAACAGCUCGCGGCCCAACAAGUGGCCGCUCAGCAGCUGGCGGCAUCGUUGGCGGUCCAGGCGCCCACCGACCCAGCCGCUGCCGCUGCUGCCGCCGCGGCCGCGGGCGCCCUGCCCGGCGCCGUGCCCGGUGCCGUGCCCGCGGCUCCGUCGCCGGGCGCGGACCCCGCGCUGGCGGCCGCCAUGGCGUUGACGGCCUCCGGAGGUCUUGAAGGCUUGGCAGCUGCUGCCCCACCUGCCGCGGCUCCGCCGGUCGCACCGGUUCCGGGUGCUGACCCCACUCUGGCGCCGCCCAUGCCGCCGAUGCCACCCACCGAUCCCAUGGGGAUGCCGCCCCCACACAUGCCGCCGAUGCCACCACAGGAAGAUCCCGGCGCCAUGGCCUUCCCUCCUCCUGCCUUUCCAGACCUCUCCGCCCCGCCGCCCACCUUCCCCGACCUCACGGGCGGUCCAGCACCUGGGGCUCCGACGUUUCCGGACCUCACCGGUGGCGGGAACGUGGGAAUGACCAAAUCAGCACCUCCACGGCCACCAAAUGAGGCGUAUGCCGGGCUGAAGGGGGAUGGGAAGGGGAUGUUCCCACCUGACUGGGGAAAGUGGGAGAAGGGCUUUGAUGGAAAGGGAUGUGGAGAUGGCAAAGGAUUUGGAGAUGGAAAGGGAUGGGGUGGUGAUGCUUGGGGUGGAGGUGACGUCUGGACUAACGGCAAGGGCUGUGGCGAUGGAAAAGGUUUUGAUGGCUUUGGAGAUGGCAAAGGCUUCGACAAGGGCUGGGGUGGCAAGGGCUGGGGCGAUGGAAAAGGCUGGGGUGACGGGAAAGGAUGGAAUGAUGGAAAGGGUUGGGGAGGGCCAAAGGGUUGGGACAAGGGAAAGGGAUUCGGCAAAGGAAAGGGCUGGGAUGGCAAGGGCCCGGGCUAUGCUCCCUACUGA